AUGGGAAACUCUUGUAUGGUAGCAUCGUCAAUGGAAUGGAAAUCUUUGAAGAAGCCAAAGUCAUGUUCUUCAUCAUCAUCAUCAUCAUCAAUUAAGGUGUUUGACGAAGCUGUUUAUCUUGAUCAUUAUCAGAAUAAAGAGAAUGAUGUAUUAGAAAAGCUUAGAGAUUCUUGUGAUGCAAAUGGUAAGGUCACCUUCAAGAUUUCAAAGUGCGAGUUAGCUGAGUUAUUAGGAGCCUUACAACAGAAUAAUAAUAAUAAUCAUCGGCCGCAGAAGCAGGCGAAGAUGAACAAGAAGGAAUUAAGUUCUGCAGAAGAAGUUCUUUAUCGGUUAAUUAAAGCAAAAGACUAUGAAAUUGCAAAUAAGCAUCACGGCAUUAGUCACUGGAAACCGAUGCUAGAGACUAUUUCAGAAUGUUAA